AUGCGCUUUCUUGUGGUAUUAACCGUCUGUUUGGCAGUUGCCUCUGCUGACAUUGGGCUGAAGCUACGUCAAGCGGCCGGUGCCGGUGGCAGCAGUUACGAUGUCGGUCAACAGUCGGUGAACGUUGACUACGCACCCACCGUUUACCAGGACUCCGUUGUCGGCGCGUCCGCUGAUGCUCGCUCGUUUGGUGGUGCAGGUUUCGGUGGUGCCGGUGCCGGUGCCAGCGCUGGAGCUAGUGCUGGUGCAGGUGCUGGUGGAUUUGGAGGUAGCUUUGGAGGUGCUGCUAGCCGUUCUGCUGGUGCUGGUGGCGCUGAAUACAAUGCCGGUUACCAGGCGGGACUUCGGGCUGGUGCUUCUGCCGGUGCCUCGGCAACUGGUGGAUCAUUCGGUACCGCUGGUCGAUUCGGUGCCACCGGUGGAUUCUCUGGCGCUUCGGCUGGUAGCAGCAGCUUCGCUUCCGGUUCCGGAUUCGGUUCGUCCUCUGGCGCUUCUGCCUCGGCCGCUGCCCAGACCCAGGUCCGCUAUGCUGCACCAGUGAUCCAGAAGAACUUCUACUACCACGUGGCACCCGAGGAGCCGAAGGCGGCCGCCGGAGCCAACACGCUGACCAUCACGCCCCGCAAACACUACAAGGUCAUCUUCAUCAAGGCCCCGUCCGUCAGUGCCGAUGCCGGUGCAUCAGCCCAGGCUGCCAGCAAAACCGAGGAGAAGACGCUCGUCUACGUGCUCGUCAACAAGCCUGCCAAGGCAAAGGCCGGUUCGUUCGCUGAUGCCAGCUCGUUCGCUUCCGCCAAGCCGGAGGUGUACUUCAUCAAGUACCAGGGCAAGGACGCUCAGGCUGGUUCUUCCGCUUUUGCUGGUGCUGGUGCUGGUGCCGGUGCCGGUGCCGGUUCGUUUGCUGGCAGCGACGCAUUCGCCACUGGUGGCGCUGGAUUUGAUGCCGGUUUCGGUGGUGCGGGAUCAUACGCUGAUGCCGGCGCGUCUGCCGGUGUUGGUGCGGCCAAUGACUUCGUUGAUUUCGGUGCUCGCAGCGGUGUGUCUAGCAGCUCUGCUGGAAGCAGCGGUUACAACGCUGGAUAUACCGCUGGCUACACUGCCGCCGCCACCGGUGCCGGGCUUGGUGUAACACCUUCGUACGACGGUGUUGCCGUUGGCGCUAACGCCGGCGCUGGUAGCUUCGUGUACUAG